AUGAUGUUCUACACACAACUCUUCACUUCUAAGCGCGGAUCACUAGCCAAAAUCUGGCUAGCAGCCCACUGGGAAAAGAAGCUAACAAAGGCCCAUGUUUUUGAAUGCAACCUGGAAACAACUAUCAGAGAAAUAAUUUCACCAAAGGUGAGAAUUGGUUUGCGGACAUCUGGUCAUCUGCUCCUUGGUGUGGUUCGAAUCUACUCCAGAAAAGCAAAGUAUCUCCUUGCAGACUGCAGCGAUGCCCUGAUUAAGAUUAAAACAGCUUUUAGGCCAGGUCAGACAGAUCUGCCGGUGGAGGGGCUUGAGGCCACAAUAAAAGCGAUUACCUUGGUCGAAGAUUUCACUACCUUUGAUCCCCAGCUUCCAGACCCCAGUGACAUAGAUGUUGUGGACCACUUUUCACUGAACCAGUGUCGAUCAGAGGAAAUAACUCUGAAAGAGGAUUUUGGAAAUAACUUUCUAAACUUUGCAGACAUUGGAGAUGAGCGCCAAAGUUAUCAUAAUGCAUUGAUGGAUGUGAGCUUUCAGAGCUUGGCUCAACAUGGAGAUGCAUUCGGGGAUGAGGACCAAGGAUUUGACUUACUCGAUUUUCUGACGCAAUCCAGUGAUAAUGCUGAGAUCGCAGAAUUCAUCCAGGAGAAUCCACAAAAUGAAAACCUACCGAGCUCACCUUUAUAUGAUCAGCAAGGUGAUAUUUCAUCAACAGAUUCCAUGGAAGUAGAGACCCCGAUGGCGAAUCAGACCACCCUGCUCGCUAAUGAGGAGGCCUUUGCUCUCGAACCUGUGCCCAUCACUCCAAACUCCGAGAGGAAGAAGGGGAAGAGGAAACGCAAGUUGGUGGUGGAUCAGACUAAAGAGCUGAGCAACGAAUGCAUCAGAAAACAGCUUUCUGACUUUUCAGAUCUGGUCACUCCUUUGGACAUGGCCCCGCCCACUGUGCAGCUAAUGCAGUGGAAAGAGAGCGGAGGUGCAGAUAAACUCUUUGCACAGCCGUGUUCCACUGUUUUAUCGCUCCAGAUAAACGAGCUUUUUGCUAGGAGUUUUUUCCAAGUGAAACGCCGUGGUAUACGUGAGGAUGUUGAGGAGAUGCGCCACGAAGAGCAUAAAGCUCAGAGGGAACGAAGUGCCCUCACUACAGAAGUCAGUGUCAUGGAUUUAUCAGCUGAUCCUGAAAAAACACACAACACUGAGCUGACUGAACACGAUCACGUCAACGACAGCCAGCGUGAGAACUACUCACAGCUCACACAAGAUGAAAACAGGUCAGAGCUUACUCAUCCAUCACUGCCAUCUGAAGACUCCAUGUUUGUCCACCCGCCUUACUUGGAGCACAGCACGCAGUCAACUUCCCUCCACACUCAGUCUAUGCUGAAUAGCCAGGACUUUGAGGAGAGGAGGAUAACCAGGCGAGCACAGAAGCUUCUGAACGCUCUAAAAAGCCAGCAUGACAGCAAAGACCCCACGUUCAGCCUGCAGGGAAUUUGUGAAGGAAGCAAUCGCUGGCAAGCUGCAACCACCUUCUUCUGUUUCCUCGUCCUGAAAAAACAAGAAGUCCUCCGCCUGUGUCAGACCGCUCCCUAUGAGGACAUCUCUGCCACACCUGGACCCAAAUUCUACAAUUAG